CAGGAGCCUAUCCCCCCCCCCCCUUUUCCUCAAAAUGUCCUCUAAGCAGCCCAAAAUGGGUGCAGAAGGAGUGGUGGGAAAGGUUGUUGUUGUUGUGACUGGAGCUCAGCCUCUUCCAAAUGUAGGCAGAAGGAGUGGAGGGAAAGGUUGUUGUUGUUGUGACGGGAGCUCACCCCCUUCCAAAUUGGGGGCCUGAGAUAAUGUUAUUGUUGUUGCAAGAGCCAAUACACCCCCACCCCCUUUCUUCAAAAUAUUGUCCUCAAAGUAGUCCAAAAUGGGGGCAGAAGGAGUGGCAAGAGUUUUCCCUUCCUUCCUCCAAAUAUUGUCCCCAAAGCAGCCCAAAAUAGGGGGAGAAGGAGGUAGCAGUGUCGGAUGUUGCCCCAACAGGAGCGUUCUCGAAACGGGGGCAGGAAGAGAGGGAGUUUUGUAGCAAAAUGUUGUUGCAGUAGGAUUCUGACUUGUUCAAAAUGGGGCAAUAAAGGAAUGGGAAAGUUGCUGUGAGUCUUCCAGGCUGUUAUGGCCAUGUUCCAGAAGCAUGUGGACGUUUCGCUCACAUCUAUAGCAGGCAUCCUCAGGAGGUUGUGAGGUCUGUUGGAAACUAGACAAGUGAGGUUUAUAUACCUGUGGACUGUCCAGGGUGAGAGAAAGAGCUAUUGUCUGUUUGUGGCAAAUGUGAAUGUUGCAGUUGGCCCCCCUGAUUAGCAUUGAAUGGCCUUGCAGCUUCAAAGCCUGGCUGCUUCCUGUCUGUGGGAAUCCUUUGUUGGGAUUCCUGUCUGUGGGAAUCCUUUGUUGGUCCUGAUUGUUUCCUGUCUGGAAUUCCCCUGUUUUCAGAGUGUUGCUCUUUAUUUACUGCCCUGAUUUUGGAGUUUUUUAAAUAGCUAGAUUGAAAUUCACAAGCAUGUGGACAAUUUCCACAGAAAGGAGGAAACCAAGAAAAUGAACAAAAUCUGUUUAGAGGGGAAGAGUGUUGUUGUGACAGACCGCUAUCAAAAUGUGAAGGGAGCCCCCUCCCCCCCAGAAUUAAGGCAGGAGGAGAAGGAAAGAGUGUUGUUGUGACAAGAGGUAACCCCCUCAUAAUGUGAUGCAGGAGAGUGUUGUGGCAAAAGCUGAGUUCCUUCAAAUUGGGGGGCAUAGGAGGAGGAUGAGGGAGUGUUGUCGUGAUAAGAGUUGACCAACCCCCUCCAAAAAAGAGGACAAGAGGAGAUAGUAUUGUGACAGGAGGUGACACCCCUACCCCCAAAUGGGAGCAGGAGGAGGAAAUAAUGCCGCUUACCUGUUAAGGUAGCUUUGCAUGUUUGGUUCAAAGAAGCAGGGGCAGGCAAACCGGAAAGCAAUGGCUUCACAGCCCCCCUUUUUCCCUUUCUCACAUUUUCAGGCCAUCAGGCAGGAGGGGGAUUGAGCUUAGACAAUGGGGAGCCCCAUYGAGUCACUUGGAGAUUGGGAGCGGUGCCCUCUUUGCAGGGUGCAGCUAUGUACUCUUAAUAUUCUCAAGGCUUGGCCUUCCUUCUCUUUAUCUCUCCCCCCCCCCCUUGUAAAAAAAUCCUUUAUUUUACUAGGGUGGAGUUGGGCCUGUUUUUGUAGAUGGGCUUUUGUCUGCCAUGUUUCUUGAUCAUCCUUCCUCUACCCCUGCACCUUAGUGGCGAUGGCCUAGCCUUUUAGAAAGGAAUUUUGUUUUGUUUUUUAUUUUUGCUCCUCUGCCCUUCCUGGAUGGGGGGUGGUGGUGUUUGGAAGCUCGUUUGACAAGUGGGUCUCUCCCCUCAUUGGAGAAGCACCUGCUCUUGUCUCGCUUCAACUGAUUUCCACGCCUAAGAAUCCCAAAGUGUUUUUAUGGUGCUGUGAUGCAGGAUGUCAUCUCACAAUAAUUGAUGGAUGGUGAUAACUCUACAACAGAUGCUUCUCAGUUGGGAAUUGCUGGGGAUUACAUUGGUGGAAGCCACUAUGUGAUACAGCCUCAAGAUGAUACAGAGGACAGCAUGAAUGACCAUGAAGACACAAAUGGCUCUAAAGAGAGUUUCAGAGAACAAGAUAUAUACCUUCCAAUUGCAAAUGUGGCGAGGAUAAUGAAGAAUGCCAUACCUCAAACAGGAAAGAUUGCGAAAGAUGCAAAGGAAUGUGUACAAGAGUGUGUGAGUGAAUUCAUCAGCUUUAUAACGUCAGAAGCAAGUGAGAGAUGUCACCAAGAAAAACGGAAGACUAUAAAUGGAGAGGAUAUUCUCUUUGCCAUGUCCACCUUGGGAUUUGACAGCUAUGUUGAGCCGUUGAAAUUAUAUCUGCAGAAGUUCAGAGAGGCCAUGAAGGGAGAAAAAGGAAUUGGAGGAGCAGUUGCCACGGCGGACGGGCUCAGUGAGGAACUCACAGAAGAAGCAUUUACUAACCAGUUGCCAGCGGGUUUAAUAACUACAGAUGGCCAACAGCAAAAUGUUAUGGUUUAUACAACAUCUUAUCAACAGAUUUCCGGUGUUCAGCAGAUUCAGUUUUCAUGAUGGAAGAAGACCUUGGAUUUGGGGACAUGAGUGAGAUGGUCAACUAGCAAAUGCUAGAGGAAAGGAAAAUUUAGUUUGAAAUGACUGGUAAAAGAGAGAAUUGUCACUUUGUAUAUUCAAUAGCUGUAAUGUAGCUGCCUGAGGCUUGACUAAUUGAGGUGUGAACUCAAAUCUUUUUUCAUGAAUGAUUUUAAAAGAAAUUGGAUUUUAAAGGUAUUAAACUAUUUUUGUUUUUGUACAAGAGUUUGUUGCUCUGUAUAACUCCUGUAUGCAUUGUAUAUUGCAAUUUACUACUGUCAGAGAUUUGUAGACAGUUUCUUAUUUUCAUAUUGAAUCAUGUUACUUUUGUAAUUCUAGUAAACAGCUGGGUUUAAGUCUUGUUUUACCCUUUGAAUAAAACAUAAGGGUACAGUUCAUUUUGAAUGCAAGUUGCCUUUCUUAUAAAAAAUGAGAUGAACUUUUCUUUUGUAACUGUCUUGCAUGACUAAGUUACAAUAACUAUUUAUUAAUAUUUUAAUACUUUGAAAGGGAAUUCCUCAAGCGCCAGCAGUUCAAAAUCUCCCAGUUUUUAAGUGUAAUAAUAGAAUUCAUGUGAACCUGGAAGGAACCAGUCUUAGAACUUAGCUUUAGAAGCUUGGUACAUAAUCUUGGAAGAGCUGCUUUGCACAACUUAAAUAAAAGAGAAGGGGAAUUCGACAAACUGACUACUUGUGCGCAGGGCUAGUUGUGUUAUUUGUCUGGGGCCCAGCAGCAGUGUUAACUGUACUUUGUAGUGCAGUCUAUUUUGCAAGAACUAGAGAAAUGUAGUACAAUUUUUGUUGAUCCCAUUGAUUUAGGAGGCAUUUGCCCUGUUGUUUUUGAAAUAAAACCCAUUUUAAUUUAUGGUCUCUUUUUAAAGAAGCCACAUUCUCUUUACUCAAGUUUGAGAGUUUUGGAAAAAUUUCAUUUUUAAAAUAAGGUUCACUUACAUUUCAGUCAUCAGUGGGAUUUCAAAUGAUAUUAUUUGUAGAACAGGUGAAACUGUAAGCAUGUGUCUGAAUGGAUCUGAAAUGGGAUACCUGAGCUUUGACAUUGCUGACUGUUUCCUGUCUUUGCAAUAAAUUAAUCUACCUAAAUAA